AAUAUCUGUAUCUUAUCUUGCUUUGUCCCUUAUAAACUUACCUCUCGCACCUGGACUUGACUUUUGUCUCUUCCUCAAAGACUUCGACAUGUUCACAGUAAGGCUGCUCCUAUCUUAUCUGCUUUUCAAAGAGGCUAUUGCGCUGUCAGGAAACUUCUGGCACAUUACGGACCAGCACUGGGACCCAACGUACAAACUGAGCGAUAAUCCUGAACUUGUGUGCGCAUCAAGCGGUAAACGACCUGCAGCCAAUGCGGGGAAUUUUGGAGACUAUGUCUGUGACUCGCCCUGGCACCUUAUUAACUCCUCUGUGUAUGCAAUGAAGGAUAUUCUGCCAGACCCGGACUUCAUCGUAUGGACAGGAGAUGACACACCACAUGUGCCCAAUGAGGAUCUGGGAGAAGAAGCAGUACUCCACAUUAUCAGCAACCUUACCCACGUCAUAAAACAAGUGUUUCCAAACACUAAAGUGUACUCUGCUCUGGGCAACCAUGACUACCACCCUAAGAGCCAGCUUCCUGCAACCUCAAACUACAUCUACAACCAAAUAGCAAAAAUGUGGGAGGAUUGGUUGGAUCCAGAGUCCCAAGGAACAUUUAAAAAAGGUGGAUAUUACACAGAAAAGCUGCUGAAUCGAGCAGGUUUCAGGAUGCUGGUCCUCAACACUAAUCUCUACUAUGACCAGAACAAGCUGACCGAGGACAUGGAAGACCCAGCGGGCCAAUUUAGCUGGGCAGACCAGGUUCUUACAGAGGCUACCAAGAACAAAGAAAAGGUGUACAUCAUUGGCCACGUUCCCCCUGGUUUCUUUGAGAAGAAGAGAAGUAAGCCGUGGUUCACAAGCAAAUUCAACAAGAUGUAUUUGGAUCUAAUUCAGAAGCAUCAUUCAGUCAUACUUGGACAAUUCUUUGGCCAUCAUCAUACUGAUAGCUUCCGAAUGUUCUACGACUCAGAGGGCUCUCCUAUCAGUACGAUGUUCCUCGGCCCUGGUGUCACACCUUGGAAAACAACACUUCCUGGAGUCGUGGACGGAGCCAACAACCCUGGGAUCCGUGUCUUUGAAUAUGACACCCAAACGCUUGUGGUCAAAGAUGUGGUGACCUAUUACCUGAACCUGACUUACGCCAAUGCAGUCCGCGGACGCUGGGAGAAGGAAUAUCGUCUCACAGAGAGCUUCAGAGUACCAGACGCCUCCCCGGCCUCCAUGCAUCGGGCUCUGGAGCACAUUGCUAAUGACGAGUGCUACCUACAGAAGUACUACGAGUUCAACUCUGUCAGCUACGACCUGACAGAGUGUAACAGUGACUGCCGGGUUGAUCACGUGUGCGCAAUCAGAGAGGUAGACUUUGACAGUUAUGAACACUGUCUGGAAAAAGAAGGAACAGCAGCCAUUUAUGGUGGUUUGCUGCCAGUCCUUUCUGUGGCUGUAAGUCUGGUGCUAGCCAAUCACUGAUGAUCAUCUAUAUUACAGAAAAUGUUUAAAGAAUAUAAUAUUAUUUUAAAAAAUGAAACUGAAGAUAUUUGAGGAGUAAUUGUGGUAAUGUAAAACAUUUCUUUUAAAUUUCACUUUUUCAUUUAUAUGGCAUCGAUAAUUCAAAUGAGUCAUGCACUAGAUGUACUUUAACAGGGAAAAACAACCUUUGGCUUCAGCAAUCUUUGUUGUGGGCUCUUUACUUUGGUUUAUUGGCACUGGUUGAAUAUUUCCAGUCAGUAGAAAAACUAUGUGGUAUUCAUGUGGUUCAAGAGGCUUAAUUACAUACCACCCAACUGUCCUGGAUCAAAUCCAGACUUCUUUAAAAUAAUUA